CGUCGUUUUAUAAAUUCUCUAUUUCUCGCCAUCUUUUCUUUGUCUUCUCUCUCUCUCCUUCUCUUUCUGAAGGGUUUAGCGGCGCUUUCAUAGUUGCCGGCGGGAGUAACAGCCGUCCGUUUGGUUUGAUCGAAGUCGAAUUUAAGUUUUUUGUUUUGUUAUUGCUUUUUAAUGCGAGGAAUAAUUGGUUGAUUAAUUUUGUUGAUUGAGUUAAUUUAGGGUUUGGUCGGUGGGUGAAGAUUGGAAAGAAGAAAAUUAGACGUGUUUUUUGUGUAAUGUGAGUUGAAAUUAGGGAUUUUGGUUCUAAUUGAGUGAAGGAAUUUGUGAGUUAGACAGGAAAGGUUGCUAAUUUGGGAAUUUUUUGGUGUAUGUAAGGCGUCAUAUUGGCGAUCCUAAUUUGGAAGGUUUGGAUCUGCAAGAUUUGGGUAAAACAAACAGCCAAAAAGAGCAAGUUGAUUUUAUGAUUUACUCACCAUAACGGGUGCUACAUUGAUAGAAAAAGAAUAAAAAUAAAAGUCGCCAUUCCCAUUUUUUUGGAUGUGUAAAUGUGCAGGGUAGAGAAGAGUGAGAGAAAAAGAGAGAUGGGAGGAGGAGGGAUUUUUAAGGGAGAAAAGCAGCAUCAACUGAAGAGUGGUGGUCGUUCCAGAACGAAGCUUUGGAUGAUAAGGGCUACGACGUCAGUUUUGCUCUGGACUUGCAUAGUUCAGUUAACGGCAAUUGGUGAGACUUGGGGUCCUAGAGUCUUGAACGUUUGGCCACCUUGUUUUAACCGCGAGUCCGACGCAGCCUCUGCCAUUGUUCAGGAUAAGGUUCCAUCUGUUCCUGCGCGUGUUCUCCCUCCUAAGAGGGUCUAUAAGAACAAUGGUUACCUGAUGGUUUCGUGCAAUGGAGGUCUCAAUCAAAUGAGAGCGGCGAUUUGUGAUAUGGUAGCUAUUGCGAGGCAUUUGGAUGUCACCCUUAUAGUCCCUGAACUGGAUAAAGCCUCCUUCUGGGCUGAUCCCAGUGAAUUCCAAGAUAUAUUUGAUGUGGAUCAUUUUAUUACAUCAUUGAGAGAUGAGGUCCGGAUAUUGAAAGAGUUGCCUCCUAGACUCAAGAGGAGAGUGGAACUAGGAAAAGUUUAUUCCAUGCCCCCAGUUAGUUGGUCCGAUAUAUCCUACUAUCAUAAUCAGAUUCUACCUCUGAUACAGAAGUACAAAGUUGUACAUCUGAACAGAACAGAUGCUCGACUUGCCAACAAUGGUCAACCGUUGGAGAUUCAGAAACUCCGUUGCCGUGUAAAUUUUAGCGCUCUAAGAUUUACUACUCAAAUAGAGGAGUUGGGUAAAAGAGUUAUCAGACUCCUAAGACAGAAUGGUCCUUUCCUGGUACUUCACCUUAGAUAUGAAAUGGACAUGUUGGCAUUUUCUGGCUGCGCUCAAGGUUGUAAUAAGGAGGAGGUAGACGAACUGACAAGGAUGAGAUAUGCAUAUCCUUGGUGGAAAGAGAAAAUUAUAAAUUCCGACUUAAAGAGGAAAGAUGGAUUGUGCCCUUUGACACCUGAGGAAACUGCUCUUACUUUGAGGGCCCUGGACAUCGAUCCUAGUAUGCAGAUUUAUAUUGCUGCUGGUGAAAUAUAUGGUGGACAAAGGAGAAUGGCAAGUCUUGCUGCAGCUUAUCCAAGAUUGGUCAGAAAGGAAACUCUGUUGGAGCCAGCAGACCUUAGGUUCUUUCAGAACCACUCAUCCCAGAUGGCAGCAUUAGAUUAUCUUGUGUCAUUGGAGAGUGACAUUUUUGUUCCUACAUAUGAUGGAAACAUGGCUAAAGUUGUUGAAGGCCAUCGCAGAUUCCUUGGCUACAAGAAGACAAUCUUGUUGGACAGAAGGCUUUUGGUGGAUCUGAUUGACCAGUAUACUAAUGGAUCUCUAAGUUGGGAUGAGUUUUCUGUUGCUGUAAAGGAAGCUCAUGCGGAUCGCAUUGGGGGACCAAGUGUUAGGAUGGUGAUCCCAGACAGACCAAAAGAGGAGGAUUACUUCUACUCCAACCCUGAAGAAUGCUUACAACCAUCACCACUUGAUCCACUAAGUACUACAUGAUUGUCAUGUUGUGAGAGUGACAUUUGCCAGUGUUCUCUCAGGGUGGUAGCUACUUCGACAGAUGAAAAGGUGAUAGUUCCCUACACAGAGGUGAAGUGAUUACGGUGGUUUUCUUUCUUAAGAGCAUUUAUGAAGGUUAUCACCGGUGGUAAACUUCAAAAAGGCCUGAGCGAAAUCUUCAGAAGGAACCGGAGAAGGUGAAGUUCUUUUAAUAUAUGCUAAUAAUUCAAUUUGUGUAUAGAAGGGUAGCCUGCCAUCACAGUAUGAUAUGAGAUAAAAAUUGGGUUGUACACCGAGGGAAGCAAAUAUAGAAUUGGUUUUACUUUGGAACCUGAGAUUCAUGGAAUGAUCUGACCCUUUCCCUCCCUCGGCCUUCCAUUUUCCUUUUCUUUUAGAUCAGCCAUGAUCUUGUGAGUUCCCUAGCAUUAUAUUUACAUUCUGAAUUUUAUCUGCCAGGUCACCCUGCAAAUUCAUUGCUUCUC